AUGUAUGGUCUCCGAGACCGGAAUUUCAAGAAGUAUAAGGAUCUGAAUCAGAGAAUGAACCAUCCACCACCGAAAAUUAGUCCAUUAAUUUGGAGGGAGAUGGUUCAGAAAUGGACUAACCCGAAUUGGGUGGAAAUGAGUGAUAAGAAUAAAGGGAAUCGGGAGAAGACUGAGCUUGCAGCCACUGGCGGUUCAGCAUCGUUGGCCAAGUACAGACAUGAAGAGGAUGGAAUGAUACAAGCAGAGGCUGAAAAGGUAUCCCAAGGGGAAGAACCAAACAAAUUUGCCAUCUAUCAAGAAGUGAUCGGACCACAACGCCCAAAGCGUGUUCUAGGGAUGGGCCAUGGGAAACUUGGAGUGCAGCUGCCCGAGUCAUUCGAUAUGGAUCUCAACAGUGAAGCAAAUGGGGAACAAGGUCGAGUUGGGGAAACUCAGGGUAACAAUGUGGCCGACGACAAGUCCGACGAUGAGUCCGAUGAGGAGACUGCCGAGGAGACUGCUGCUGAUGCAUGAAUUUCUUUUUAAUGCUAUCAUAGGAUUCUAAGUAUCGCUUGACUUUGGGAUAUUUUGUGUCAUUUUCGGAGGAUAUUUUGUCUUUUGAAGUUUGGAUGUUUGGUCGUAGCUGAUGGCUACUUGUUCGACAGUUUGAAAGUUAUUUUGGAAUAUGCAUAACUUUGUUUGGAUGAUUUGCUUGUGUUGUCAUCACUAGAAGUAUAAUGGCGU